AGGUAGUUAAACGGAUAAGACUGACCCAAGGGCGCUGCCUCCUCCUGAACAAAGGCAGGUAGCUGACAGGUGUGUGUGCGCGAGCGUGCCCAUGCAUUGUUGUGUGUAAAGUUUCAACAUUCAAGCCAUCGCAAAACUUCUCAGGAGGAGAGGGCUUUGAGCCUUAAGGGUGUCUUGAUAGCGGAUCCGUUCAUUUUUAAUCUGCCUCGAAACCGAGUUCAAAAGUGGCAAGAAAGGUGCGGAGCGGACUUGUGUAUUCGCAGAGAUGGCUGGGAAAACAGACUGCGUAUUUUUGUUUUAAUAGCUAGGAACAACGCAUGCUGACAUGGAAACACAAGAAAGCACGGCGACUGAGGUCGAAACGCAGGAUAUGGAGUGUCCAGUGUGCUAUGAAUGUUUCGGAAACACGGAGAGGACGCUGAGCUGUGGGCAUGUCUUUUGUCACGACUGCCUCGUAAAAACGUUGGUCAGCGUGAGCAGGGACGGACAUAUUACAAGAGAGAACAUUAUUUGUCCCAUCUGCAGACAUCUAACUUUCAUCUCCAAACAGAAUACCAUCGUUGCUAACACUUGCAAGGAUGUCGAGAGUGGGCAGAGUCUGGAGGUCCCUGUGUCUCUCCUUGCUGGGACCCCGUCACAUCCUUCAGAAAACCAGGACUGGCCGUUCACGCGCACUUCGCCGCGGCCAGCAUACACUGGACUCAGGCGGGCUCUUCAGUACUUCAGGUGGAUUUCAACGAGAUUGACCCAGCCACAGUUUAAGAGCCAGAACAAUGUAUCGCAGAUUUUCAUCAUCAGUAGCCAAGGUCGGCCAAUGGCGGACGAGGACGAAAUUAGUGUGGUGACGACCACUGUUAAUGAGCCCAUCCAGCGACGACGGCAGAGAAGGAGAAUUUGCACGACUGCACGGUGCCUUCUUAUAUUGCUUGUAUUAUUUACUGUACUAACGUUAAUCAUUGCUUCGCUGCCGUGGAUUCUAUUGGGUUAAUAGAAAGGAUGAGUAUUUUCCUUUACUCCGCGCAUCAUUGUUAUUAUUACUACUUGUCACAUUUACACUUGCCAUUAAAUCAUAAACGACAAUA